UUUCCUGAGGCACAAUAGAAUUUUCCUGUCGGCAGAUGAUAGGGAAGUGAAGGCAGUAUGUUUGAAGCGAUCCAUUGGCUGAAACGAAAUCCACGUUACCGAUCAUGCUAAACCCACGUUACCAAUCUUCUCAUCGCAUUUUUCUUUGAUACUGUUUGGACAAUCUGAAUCAAAUUCCAUAACCCACCUAUAAAUUCAUCGUCGUCUUGUUCAAAGGACUGUACUUUCUCAAGAUUCUCUUCUGGGUUUGAUUUGGGAUGAAGGUGUCAAGAAACCAGAUUGGGAAGAAGAGGAAACAUCAAGAGUCAUCUGCUAAUACCUCAGAAACUGCCCCUGAGGAUACUGUUGCUUCUACUAUGGAUGCCAACGAUGGAUUCACAUUUACUGAAGUAAAUUCAGUUAAAGCGAGUUCUAUGAAAGUAAUCUCUUGCCACUUUUCGGCAGAUGGAAAAUGGCUUGCUACUGCUGGCCAUGAUAAAAAGGCUGUAUUGUGGUAUACAGAUGGAUUAAAGCGAAAAUCUAUAUUUGAAGGGCAUUCAUCUUUGAUUACGGAUGUCUGUUUCAGUCCAAGCAUGCCAUAUCUUGCAACAUCUUCAUUCGACAAAACUAUAAGGGUCUGGGAUGCUGGCAAUCCUCGUAACUCGUUACAUACUUUUAGGGGACAUUCUACUUGUGUUAUGUCAGUAGACUUCCACCCAAACAGAGAUGACCUUAUAUGCUCUUGCGAUGGAGAUGGUGAGAUACGAUACUGGAGUAUUACUAACAGCAACUGUGCAAGAGUGUUCAAGGGAGGUUCAGCCCAGAUAAGAUUUCAACCCCGUCUAGGGAGGUAUCUUGCUGCAGCUGAGGAUUGUGCUGUGUCUAUACUAGAUGUUGAGACACAAGCUCGUCGGCAUUUAUUACAGGGACAUGUUAAACCAAUUCAUUUUCUGUGCUGGGAUCCUUCUGGCGAGUAUAUAGCAUCUGUGAGUGAGGACUUUGUCAGAAUCUGGACAGUUGGAUCAGGGGAUAAGGGAGAAUGCAUUCAUGAGUUGAGUUCUAAAGGCAACAAAUUCUACUCCUGUGUUUUUCAUCCUACAAACCCUUCAUUGCUAAUCAUUGGCUGUUACCAGGCAAGUAGGAAUCUUCAUUUGUUGACCACUCUUGCGAUAACCCUAAAAAUGUUGUCUAUAAUCUUUGUUGAUUAUGUUGCUGGUAUGGUUUCUAUGACUGAUAUGCAACUCUGGGCAUUUACUUCAGUCUUUGGAACUUUGGAACAUGACCCAAAACAAGUCUGCGACACUUCCUGCUCAUGAAGGAUUAAUUGCUUCCUUGGCUGUAUCAAAUGCGACUCGAUUGGUUGCUUCUGCUAGUCAUGAUAAGUUUGUGAAGCUGUGGACUUGACUCUGCUAGUUCAUUGUCAUUUAAAUGCUUCUUGUUUGUUUAUUUCGGUUGCUUAAUUUCCCCAUUUUGUGUUUUAAUCAAAUCAAGUUCCUAACCUUGAAGCUAACCUUGUUUGUCACAUGGCAUUGCUUUUAACCGGUAAAUGAAGGCUUCUGUGAUUUUGUCACUGAUAAAUCAAAUCUUAUUCCUC